AUCCUUAACAUCCCGCUCCAGAUAACUACAUCUAUCUGGAGUUCCGCACUUGAAGGCGCGUUGGUUCACAUAUCCUGCCGCAAGCAUGGCGUGGUCCAAGACGACGCGCAUCAGCGUAAUGCUGGGAAUCGACACUGUCUUCUUCCUGCUUGAAUUGAUCGUCGGUCUUAUCGUCGGCUCCCUGGCUCUCAUGGCAGAUGCCUUUCAUAUGCUAAAUGACAUCAUCUCCUUACUCGUUGGUCUCUGGGCUGUGCUCGUUGCCCGGAAAGCGACAACCAACAAAUACACUUAUGGCUGGCUUCGCGCUGAAAUCCUUGGGGCUUUUUUCAACGCCGUCUUCCUCAUCGCCCUCUGCCUUUCGAUCGCCCUCGAGGCCCUGACCCGUUUCAUCGACCCACCAGAGAUUGGGAAUCCGAAGCUGAUUCUCAUCGUUGGAUCGCUGGGGCUUGCCUCCAACCUAGUCGGCUUCCUGGUUCUUGGGGGCCACGGUCACUCUCAUGGGCCUGGCGAGCACGAACACGAGCAUGGGGAUGAUGAGCACCAGCACGAGCACGACGACGUCAUCGCCGCGGAAGAAGGUCACUCAAACACUGGAAUUCGUGCCAGCGAAGUGGCGGACGAGAGGGGGCGGGUCGCGGACGUCUUGCCCGAAGCCGCUCUGACUCAGUAUGCGGCGAACGCUGACGAAGCUCCACGACGUGUUUGGUUUGACCAGGCACGCCGCGCUCGGUCUCAGGUGGAGCAGAGGGAGAGGCGGUUAUCUAACCCGUCCGGUGGCAGGGGUAAGGCAAGCAGUAUUCGGCAGAAUCACCUCGCAAACGUGGAGGAUAUUAGCAUACACCCAGCGAGUUUCCGUCAAGAAAUCAUUGAUGCGAGCCGGCCUCAACUAGACGACGAGUCAACAAGCGGUAGCAGCAUCGAUGAGAACCCGGCCACCGACGAAGCCGAGGCUCACGAGGAGACCCCUCUGAUCUACGCGAACGGCUCGAGUCGGAAGAGGGCGUCUGGGGACUACGGUUCACGCUCUGCUCCGCGUCGACGCCGUCGAGAUUCGGGUCUCCAUCGACACCACAACCACAACAAGCCCAAGACUCCCGGAAGCGGCCAUGGGCAUAGCCAUGGUGACAUGGGCAUGAACGGCAUGAUUCUCCACGUAUUGGGUGAUGCGCUGGGCAACGUCGGAGUCAUAGUCACAGCCCUGGUGAUCUGGUUGUCCGACUGGCCUGGACGAUUCUACGCGGACCCUGCAGUCUCCCUGUUCAUCACCCUCAUCAUCCUCCGCUCCGCGAUCCCGUUGACAGUUGCGACGUCAAAGAUCUUGCUCCAGGCCACGCCCGACCAUAUCGACGUCAGCGACGUGAGGAAGGAUAUUCAGAAUCUUCCCGGUGUGAUCAGCUGUCACCACGUCCACAUCUGGCAGCUCUCCGACACGAAGCUCGUCGCGUCGAUGCAUAUCCAAGUGACGUUCCCCAUCUCCGAGGAAGGCGGGGAGAGGUACAUGGAACUGGCGAGGCUGGUCCGCCAGUGUCUCCAUGCCUACGGCAUCCACAGCGCCACCAUCCAGCCCGAGUUCUGCCUCGACAAAGCCCACACUCACGCUCAAGCUGACGUGGACAACGCCGUUGUCGAGCAGGCAGAUGGUAGCGCGGCAGGCGUGACAAAGUGUGGGAGCAUGCAAGAGGACCUGUGCCUCCUGGAAUGUGUGGACGAUUGCGUUGGCCAGGGAUGCUGCGCCUUCGCGGGAUCACAAGCGGGGAGUAGCCAUUCGGUGCACAGCGAGCACGACGCUCCGGGCCACUGAGCCUGGAUCUUUCUAUCAUCGCGUUAGAUGGGCUUGAGACAUGCCGUUGGCUAGAGCCUUCAUUUUCAAAACACAUGGAUAAAUAUUAUCCAGUUUUUUUUAUAGAGUCCUAGUUGUUCCCCUUUUCUUUUCGUCCGCCUCUAGCUUAAAAUUGUUUUCCGUGCCCCUUUUCUUCUUGUAUUGUCCUAUACCUGUCGGCGGCGUCGGAGUUCAGGGGGCAUAAAGAGAUAUAGGUACUCGGACUAAUGGGCAUUA